AUGGAAGAGAGCACAAUUGAUUGGGAUAAAGUAACAGCCAUGGAUAAUGAAACCCUUCUUCAGUUUGCAAACGAUCUAUAUGAAGCUCUUCAUCUCGAAUAAGCAAAAUCUGCCUAUUAGUUGUACCUCAAAAGAAACCAUAAAAAUAUUGAAGCCUUAGAUCAAUAUACAGAUUGCCUAGAAUAAAUGGGUCUGGUAGAAGAAUUACAACAAGCUCUCACUCCAUAUUUGAAUUAACAAGAUUUAAUCACUUCUUAUGAACAUUGUUACAAAUUGUUGUUUAAAUAUGCACAGACCCAAUAAGGCAAAUAAGCCAUUCAGAUAUAUGAGUAUGGAAUUUAGCUAGCUUUGCAGAGGAAUGCUUCUAAAAGGGAUAUUGGAGAUGCUUUCGCUGCCAUAGCUGAAGUUUAUUAAACUGAUUUAUUAUAAUUCAAAGAAUCAGAAUAAACUUGUGUCGAUGCAAUAAAUAAUGCUUUCAAAUACGAUCCACUGAAUUUAGAUGCAUUUCUCUAAUUGGCUAAUUUUCAUUUAAAUAAAGAAGACGAAGAGGCUGCCAAGAAAGACUUAAGGGUUAUCUACGAAAAGUUGGAACAUGAAAUGGAAGAAUAUGACGAAGACUUUAUACUUCAAGUUGGAAAAUUAUUAGUGGAAGUGGAAUUAUUUGAUUAAGCUAUUAAAAUAUUGAGAAUGCUGGUCGAUAGAAAUGCUGAAGAUCCAGAAAGCUUAUACAUGCUUGCUUUUGGGUUGUGGAAAGCAUAGAAAUAUGAAGAAAGCUUAAAAAUAGUCAAUGGGAUUCUUUAAUUGCCUGAUGCAAAGGAGGAUUAAGAAAUUUGGACAGCUACUUUAGAGUUAAAGGAUCAAUUAGAGAAAGAAACAUGGAUGGAUGUUGAAGAUGAGGAAGAAAAUGAAUUGUAAAAAUUGUAACAACUAGAAUGA